CCCAGCCGAGCCGGUAACUCCAAAACCAGAAGAAGAAACGAAAAUAAAAAAAAAAAAGAAAAAGAAAAUGGAGUUGACCUGCUGCUCCACCUCCGGCUCCGUUCCCGGUCCGUGCAGGCCUCCUUCGAACCCCAGACGGAGCUCUCUCUCUCCUGCAAGAAGAAGAUGCGCCCGAGUCCCAUAUCGAAGCUCGGCUUCGCGCGUCCCCCUUCUCGCUGUCAUCAGCAAAGCGGCGGCGGUCGAACUGGACGGCCCCGCCACGUCACGAGCCGUAAGAAGGAGUGGCGGCGGCGGCGGCGGCUCUCUGCAGCUCACCAAGUCCAGCGCUGCCAUGGAGCAGCUCGACAUCGAGCGCGGCGUUUGCGUGCCCUUUCGCAAGUACACUCCUGAGAUGGUGAGGAGCAAGGUUUUGGAAUCCAGAGGGGCAAUCUUGUCGCUCGUCAUGAGGGGAGUCGAGAUUGUGUGGAACUUGGGCUUCUACUGGUCCACGCUCGCGUAUGAUUGUUUCGUUGGACGGGACGAGGAGGUUGUUCCCUUUCGAGCCAUGCAGCUUAGGAAUCUCUUGUGUGACUUAGGGCCGUCGUUUAUCAAAGCCGGUCAGGUUCUUGCCAACAGACCAGAUAUUAUUAGAGAAGACUACAUGAACGAACUCUGCAUUCUACAAGACGAUGUCCCUUCCUUCCCGAAUCAGGUUGCUUUCAACAUCAUAGAGGAGGAGUUGGGGCGGCCUCUUGAAGCCGUGUUCAGCAAAAUUUCAUCUCAAACUAUAGCAGCCGCAAGCUUGGGUCAAGUUUAUAGAGCUACGUUACGUGAUACCGGAGAGGAUGUUGCAAUUAAGGUGCAAAGGCCUGAUAUAGAACCCAUUAUAUAUCGAGAUCUUUUCUUGUUUCGUACUCUCGCUUCGUUUUUGAAUGGCAUCAGUCUGCAGAAGCUGGGGUGCAAUGCAGAGCUGAUAGUUGAUGAGUUUGGUGAAAAACUUCUGGAGGAGCUAGAUUACACCUUGGAAGCCCGAAAUAUUGAAGAUUUUCUGGAGAACUUCAAGGCUGAUCCUACUGUGAAAAUCCCACGUGUCUACAAGCAGCUCUCUGGUUCUCGUGUUCUGGUGAUGGAGUGGAUUGACGGCAUUCGAUGUACUAACCCACAGGCAAUUAAAGAUGCUGGCAUUGAUGUAAAUGGAUUUCUUACAGUUGGAGUAAGUGCUGCUUUACGGCAAUUGCUAGAAUUUGGGUUAUUCCAUGGUGAUCCACAUCCUGGAAACAUUUUUGCCAUGCGCGAUGGACGUAUUGCUUAUGUGGACUUUGGCAAUGUUGCUGUCCUCAGUCAGCAAAAUAAGCAGAUUUUGAUUGAUGCUGUUGUCCAUGCUGUAAAUGAGGACUAUGUGGAGAUGGCAAAUGAUUUCACGAGGCUUGGUUUCUUGUCCAGUGACACUGAUGUCUCUCCAAUUAUUCCAGCUUUAGAAGCAAUUUGGCAGAACUCUUCUGGAAAAGGACUUUCUGAUUUUAACUUCCGAAUCGUGACUGGGAAGUUUAACCAAUUAGUGUAUCAGUAUCCAAUCCGUAUCCCUGAGAGGUUUUCACUGGUUAUCCGUUCUUUGUUGACUCAAGAGGGCAUCUGCUUCACUCUCAAGCCUGACUUCAAAUUUCUGGAGGUUGCUUAUCCAUAUGUGGCAAAACGUCUUCUGACAGACCCAAAUCCUGCACUACGCGAGCGCCUGAUACAGGUUUUAUUUAAAGAUGGCAUCUUCCAGUGGAAGCGGCUUGAAAACCUUAUUGUUCUUGCCAAGGAAAAUGUGGCUAAGAUGAGCAGCAACCCUGCAUUUCGGGGAAAGGACAUGCAAAGGUCAAGAGACUGGCAAGUUGAGAGGAAACUUGACCUUAAAGAUACCAUCAAGGAUGGAGCUCGCCUUUUCCUCAUUGAUGAGGGGAUUCGAAGACAGCUCCUCCUUGCUUUGACAGAAGACUCUAAGCUUCACAUUCAGGAGCUCGUGGAUGUUUACAGACUAGUUGAAGACCAAAUAGAUAUACCCUCAAUAGCUUUGGAAGUUGUGCAAGACUUACCAACAGUUGCUCGGGAUCUUAUGCUUUUAUGGAGUGAGUCUGUCCUGUCUCAAAGAUGAUACAGAAAAUAUAGGAGCACCAUGAAGAGAUCAAUUUGAGGGAGGCAAAAGCACUGUUGAGUUACUGCAGAUGCCCACGAUGACUUUUUAGCUGCUUUACUGAUUUGAAGCUCUUCCAAAAUAUUUAAACCACAGUAAUUUUUUUGGUUCCAAUUGCCAAAGAGAUGAAUAUAAUGUUAAAAUACGAACUAUAGUGAGUUUUUGAAUUAACUGUAUAGGUGCUUGGACUCCUUGACUGCGACAGCACGAGAUUAUUGAAUAUAUCUAGACAUGCAUCUCCUCUUCCUCAAA